AUGGAGCAGGGCGUAUUAUCAAAGCAUCCAAGUAGAUUCACCGAUGCUGCUUCCCCGCUGCUGGCCUCGACACUUCACAUUCGGCAGUUCGGCAAGGUCCUUGGAGGAAUCAUCAUGGCCGCUACAAACCAAGUAUUCGUGGCCGUCAUCGGCGCCGGCGGUGUCGGCAAGGCCUUUCUGUCCCAGCUUCGAAACCUCGCCAGCCACAAGCCGUCUCCCAAGCUCAAGCUCUGCUACAUCUCGACCAGUCGCAAGGCUCUCUACAACGACGACUACUCCGAGGUCAACAUGGAGGGUGUCGUCGAGGCCCUUGCCAACUCCUCCAAGACCCCGCCUGCGCUGCCCCAGGUCAUCGACUACCUCGCCGCGGCGCCCGCCAAGUCGAUCCUUGUCGACAACACGAGCUCGCAAGACGUCGCCGAUCAGUACCCUCUCGCCCUCAGCCGUGGCGUGAGCAUCGUGACGCCCAACAAAAAGGCCUUCUCUGGCUCCUACCAGCUCUGGCAAGCCAUCUUCACCGCGGCUGCCACCUCGGGCGCCAAGGUCUACCACGAGUCGUCUGUCGGUGCCGGCCUGCCCGUCAUCUCCACUCUCAAGGACCUCGUCGAGACGGGCGACAAGGUGACCAAGAUUGAGGGCGUCUUCAGCGGCACCAUGUCCUUUCUCUUCAACUCCUUUGCUCCCACCGAGGGUGCCGGGGGCAAGUGGUCGGACGAGGUCAAGAAGGCCAAGAACCUGGGCUAUACCGAACCGGAUCCCCGCGACGAUUUGAACGGCCUCGACGUGGCGCGAAAGCUGACCAUCCUGGCGCGUCUCGCCGGUCUCGCCGUCGAGUCGCCGACCUCGUUCCCGGUCCAGAGCUUGAUCCCCAAGGAGCUCGAGUCUUGCCGCAGCGGGGACGAAUUUCUCGACAAGCUCCCCGCCUUUGAUCAGCAGAUGGAGGAAACCAAGGCGGCGGCGGAGAAGGUGGGCAAGGUUGUCCGGUUCGUCGGAAGCAUCGACGUCGCCGCCAACAAGGUCAAGGUCGGACUGGAAAUGUUUGACCGAUCGCACCCCAUCGCCGCCCUCAAGGGUAGCGACAACAUCAUAAGCUUCUACACGGAGAGAUACGGCAGCAACCCUCUGAUCGUGCAGGGUGCCGGUGCCGGCGGGGACGUGACUGCCAUGGGCGUGACGGCAGACUUGAUCAAGGUCGUGGCCCAGAUUUCAUAG